AUGGCACAGAGCGUCCAAUACAACGCGCAGUUGGGAGGCGACUUGAACGAAGCGCAGAAGAAGAAGAUCAAGGAGUACUUGGCAAAGCAGCAGACUUCCGUGGCUCCAGUCAACAUAGGCGAUCACACCAUGAAGGUCUACACGGCACCCAGUGUGGAGGAGUUGACUCCAGGCAGCGAUGCCUUCAAGGCAAGAGUGGCCAAGGUGAAGCACCAGUUGGCUGAGUCGUUGCCGCCGCGCCUGGUGUCGGUGCCGGAAGUGGUGGAGAUGAUCAGGAAGGGUGCUGUCUUCGUGGACGUUCGCACGCGUGAACAGAUACAGAGCCAGACAAACGGACGAAUUCCUAGGGGUGCCAGGGUUCUUCCCCUGGAUGACUGGGUGGACCAAUUGCCACCAGUGAUGGCCGGCAAGAAGAUUGUUCUCACCUGUUGGCAGGGAAACAAAAGCACCCUGGCAUGGGAAGCCUUGCGAGCUCAAUUUGCAGAUGCCUAUGUGCUGGAAGGUGGGUACAAUGCCUGGGAAGCUUCUGGACAAGCGACUCAAAGCAUUUAA